CUGACAGCAAACAGCUUUUUUUUUUAAUUAUCAUUGUCCUUUAUCUUUACACUAAUACUCAGGGACCUUUGGAAUUCAAGGCUACAAAGGGUUAUAAAAUGCGGGUGUCACUGGAAUGGAGGAGGCCCUUGUUCCAAGAAAACCCAUGUUUCUUUUCUUGAUUUUCAUCAAUUUACGGGAAACUGAAAGCUGCUGUGAGAGUGAAAGUGAAAGAGAGGGAAUAGGAACUAAAGGGUGGAGAUUUUUCAUUGAGCAAGAAACAGACUGAGAAGUGAGAGAGCUGGAAUAUAGUCACACGUAGCAGCUUUCUAGGCAGCAGCCUUAUACUUAGCCUGGACAACCCAGCAGGGAUCUUAUCCUUAGCCUGGACACCCCAGCAGGGAUCUUAUCCUUGGCCUGGACACCCCAGCAGGGAUCUCAUCCCAGGCCUGGACAACCCACAGGUUCCUACUGAGGAGCCAACUUCACCCUGAAGGAUGAGAUGUGAGAACUGUGGCCAUGAAUCAAAAGAUUCAUCGCCAAAAUUCUGCAGUGAAUGCGGCCACCGCAUGGUUCCUCCCGUCACCAUUUUAGAAAAUCAAAGCAGAUCGGGAAAUGAUGACACCAAACCAGCACUUACUUUUGAGAACAAAUCAAAGCACGGAGAAACCCCAAGCAUUGAAAUAGCCUCCACCACUGUCUCAGAUGAGGCAGAGGAUAAAACCACAAGCUGUUGCACCUUAUUAAAUUCAGAGGCAGCGGGUCCUUGCAGGUCAGAAGAUGAGAGCACUGAUGCAAAAGAAGAAGAAGAGUGGGAAGUUAUCAAUGAGGAUACAAAGCAGUAUGAAAGUGCAAAUGAGGAUCAUCCUUUCCAAGAAGCAUGUGACGAAGAUAAGACUAAAAAAAAUGAGGAUUCAUUUUAUCAGCCAGAAAACAAUGCUGACACAGAUAAAAGCCCUAAAUCUGAAAAUGUUGAUGUUGAACAAUAUGGGAGAGUAGAGGAGGAUUAUCCUUACCAAGAAACAUAUGAGAAAGAUAAGACUCAAAAGAAAGAGGAUUUGUUCUAUCAGCCAGAAAACAAUGCUGAUAAAGAUAACAGCCCUACAUCUGACAAUUUUGAUGUUGAACAAUAUGGGAGUGUAGAGGAGGAUCAUCCUCACCAAGAAGCAUAUGAGAAAGAUAAGGCUCAAGAGAAUGAGGAUUCAUUUUAUGAGCCAGAAAACAAUGCUGAUACAGAUAACAGCUCUAAAUCUGAAAAUGUUGAUGUUGAACAAUAUGGGAGUGUAGAGGAGGAUCAUCCUCACCAAGAAGCAUGUGAGAAAGAUAAGGCUCAAGAGAAAGAUGAUUCAUUUUUUCAGCCAGAGAACAAUUCUGAUACAGAUAACAGCCCUACAUCCAAAAACAUUGAUGCUGGCAGGACUAACAAUUCUGCUAAGAGCAAAGUAGAACAAAGUACCACAAGAAACAAAGCAGAAACAGGCAAGAACAAAGAGAAAGAAAAAAGUACAAGCAUGGAAAGUUCCACAACAAAGCAAGGCCCUGAUAGCGAUAGGAUGAAAUAUUCUACAACUCCCGGUUAUUUUACUAACAAUUCUAAUAAAGAGGAAGAAAUUAAUAAACAAACAGAGGAAAGCCCAAAGGACAUGGCUUGUCAACCAGAAACCAGCAACAAUACAGAUGAAGGACAUAAUUCACAAAAAUAUGACAAGAACAGCACUAAAAAAACUGCAGAAAGUCAUCCAGCUCAUAAUCCUAAUACAAUUAGAACAGAAGGAAAGGAAGCAGGUAAUGCAAAACCAACCCAAAGUAGUAAGGGCAUGAGAGGAACACCCCAAAGCAAGGGUUCUGGUAAUCCUAAUCCAGAGGAAACCAAAAACAGAAACAAGCCAACUGGCAGGGCAUGGAGCCCAGGACAUUCUUCUGAAAAUAAGGGGGGAACAGGAAAUACUUCCAAAACAAAGCAAGAAAGCACUAAACCACAAAGUAGUGAUCCAACUAAAGAUGGAAGAGGCAGCUCUAGAUCUCCUAAACAAGGCCCAGGGACUUCUGACAAUUCUGGGGAAGGGACACCAGAGUUAGAACAUGAGAGAUAUUUGACUUCUGGGAGCCAAGGACAAGCAAAAAAGGGAGCUCAGAAGUGGAAAGAGAAAAAAUCACAGGAACAAAUGAGAGAAAUAAGUGGAACCUCAUCUAACGGAGGAAAACCUGUGAAAGGAGGAACCACGAGACUUGGGGAUCCCGCAGAUCUUAUUUCUGUCUUUUUCCAUGUCCUGGUUUCCAAAGACUUUAAAAUCAAUCCAGAAAAUGUUGUGGUAGUGAAAGCUGCUCAGGUGGAAGGUUACAGAGACUGGACGGACACAGUGUGCCAUCUGUAUCCACAAAGAGACCACAAGGGCUAUUUGCUGUAUGAAGGCCGCACUGAAAUUUCUAAGAAGAACUUAGAUAAAUACAUUCCAUACAAGUAUGUCAUUUGUCAUGAAAAGAAAGAGGAGGAAUAUGAAUUAAUUUACAAAAAUGACUGUAAAGCGGGCAUAAUUGUGGAUCGUUGUCUACACAUUCCAUCAAAGCUUCUGAGCAACCAGAGAGAGUGGCACCAAUACGAUGACGUGUGUAUGAAACGUGAUGAUGGAUAUAUUAAUAAGGCAUACACAUUUAUAGGAUGGAACAAGUCUACCAUUUUUGAAGGGAAGAAAUUGGCAGGAAAUAUCAUGUUGGAUGGAAUCUUUAGUCUUCUCACUGACUGUGACUCCAGUAACUUGUCAAGUUUUCUAAAUCAACUCCAUCAGUUUUAUUAUGUUUUAUUUAACUCACUGGUGUUUGAAGAUGAACCCACAGCCUGGAAAUCUCAUGGGUUUGGAGAGAAGGAGUUGAUUAAUUUAAUAAUGGGAAAACUCUACCAACAUCUUAUCAACAAGAAUUUAUCAGCAGUGGAUGCCAUUAUAAAAGACAGGCUGAUGGCUGGAUUACUCUGCGCCAAACUGAUAGAAACCUACUCACUUCCUGCUGACAAGGAUUCUCUUGUAAAGGUUUGCAGACUCCUCUCUUUGGAGCAGAUGCUUAACAAAAACCUACCCAUCCAACUUGAGGAACUGAAAAGAAUCUUCUCAGUGUACGAGGGAAUAGAGUAUUCCCUGAAACUAUUCUGCAUGAGAUGCAUUGAUGGUAAAAUUGAAGACUGGGUGCAGAUAUUGCCUGUUUAUCACACAUUUAACACUCCGGCUAAACCAGAGGAUUCCACACAACUAAAACCAGAGGAAAACUGGGCAGGUUUGGACGGGCUGCCAUAUCAAACCAUUGUGAUACGGUCUAAGUUUUACAAUAGAGAUGUCCAAAAAUACAUGAGGAGUAAGGAGAGUUUACAACAGGCAGGCAGAACUUUACACAGAUCUUGGCUGUGUCUAUUACCACUGGAAAACUUGUUCACGUUUUUGGAUACAAUUCCCACCGAUUUCCGAGAUGCUUUUACCGCUGCCUGGUACAAAUUUCAUACACAAUCCUCAAGCAGCAAAGAUAAGCACAUUGAGAAGAUUCUAACAAAACUUCUGAAUAUGGCAAAAGGACCGAGCCAGGGGUCACUGCAGAAGGACUCCAUAUACCUGUGUAAUAUCAGUUUGAAACUUCAUCAUUUAAUCUGCACUCAAACAGGGCUGAAUAAAAACAGUCAGCUCCCACUUUUGUCUUUCAAGAUCGCACUAAAGCUUUUUGGAGCAGCACAGAAACAGGAGCCAAUGAAAGGGAGGGAGACCAGUAUCAAUGAAGUGCAAAGCAAUUUAAACAAAGCUGUUGAGAUGCUGAAGACAUGGCUACAGGACUUCUUUGGACAUAGAUUUAAUUUUAGACGCUAUGGAUAUCCAACAUUUGGGGAUGAACUUGAGUUUUGGAAUAACCUUCUUAUGAAUGACGACAAUAUGGACCUGAAGUGGAAAGAACUGCUUCUCUCAGAUCUGGCCAGGAAAAUAAAAGAGGAAAGCCCUGUGGAACAGAUUAAAAUCUUUUGCAGAGAACAUUCACUGUUGCAACGGCUUCAUAUCUCCAUAGAAGAAUGCUUUGAGGAAUGCGCCAUUAAUGCUGUUCAUAAUGCAUAUAAGUCUCAUAACAAUAUUCUCAACCAAAUCUCAAUAAACAAUCUACAACAUUUUAGAAAACUGGUAUCAACAAUAAUAAGAAACUCUUGGCCAAAGGAUGUGCAGGGAAAUCCAACUGAGAAUAAUAAUGAGAUUUUAAAGCACAUGCUGCACUGGAAGGAUUUCACUCAUAUAUUCAAACUAUAUGAUCCUAACCAACCAAUCACCUCUCAGUUUAUAGAAGAAACUCAAAAGCUUGUUACUUUGUCAGAUUCGGUCCUUCUUGACACCGUUUGUCGCCUAAUGCAUGGAGAUAUUCUGUAUGAACACCUCAAGUUGGUACUGGGCAAUAAAAACCAGUUCUUGGAUAUAUGUAGACUGAGAGAAACCAUAAAGGUGGAAGAUGUUAAGAAAGUUCUGGAGUGGAGGAAUGAAGAGCUUAAAACAGUGAACUGUAAGAAAACAUGGGUGGAGAACUUGCUGAAAACGUGCCAGAACAUCAGCAAGUCUGUCCGAGUGAAUACUGAGGAAAUUCAACAAAUCCUUUCUGUAAAUCUGGGAGCACAAAAGUUAAAUGAUUUAUUACCUGUUAAGACACUUGGUGCUACUGAACCUCCUGAAGACAAGGUGACAUUGUUUAACAGUUUCACUAAUUCAAUAAUGUCAAUGGCCGAGAGUCUUCACACCCACCGGCACAGUCAUGUUUUCCGCAUGUUGUGGAAUGAGGCUGUUAGCUCUCUUUCAAAGAGAGAUGAAAAUUUAGAAAAUGAAGAAGAUGAUGAACUUACUUUGGAUGAGAUGCAGGAAUCCUUGUUCACACCAUGUUUUGAUAAAUACACCAAGAUAUACGAGGACAUCAGAUCUGAAGAAGUGACCUUUGAAGUCCUGGACACAUAUUUCAAGACUUUCAAAAACCAUUACCAAGCCCUACAUAAAGAACUACAAACCAUACGCCAGUUAGAUCCAGAGGAUAAUGGUUCCUGGGUCAGUGGCCGAAUAAGGAAAAUUGAGCAGUAUCAUCAGUUACGUGAAGCCUUUGAAUCAGCCCAGAUUGUUGAUGACAUCAGAGAUUUCUGUAAACUUUUGGGAGAUUUUAAGACCCUGAAUACUCUGCAACAAUUUGGUGCUGACUUUAGUGAUUACAAGGAAAAACCUUUAUCUUUUAUCACUGAAGACAUUGUAAAGACAAAGGAAGCGCUUUGUGAGAUAACACAAGAACGUGCUGAGGCUCUGAAGGAGGCUUUAAUGAGAAAGGAAUUUAUAAAGUGGGUUCGAAACUCACUGGAAGAUGUCAAUGAACUGAAAGUUUUUGUGGAUCUGGCCUCCAUUUCGGCUGGUGAGAAUGACAUGGAUGUUGACCGUGUUGCUCAGUUCCAUGAUGCUGUUUUGGGCUACGCCCCUAUUUUGUAUGAACUCAAAGAGGAAUUUGGAUUUAAUGAAUUAAUGUUAUGCUUGAAAAAACUUUGGAAAGCCCUGGAAAGUGACCCAAAUCUGCAGAAAAAACUGAGAGACUCUGCCCGUCACAUAGAGUGGCUGAAAACUGUAAAAGAAAGUCAUGGAUCUGUGGAACUCUCAUCACUGUCUCUGGCAUCUGUUAUAAACCAAAGAGGCAUCUACAUUAUUCAAGAGCCCAAUGAGAACCUAAAGAUAAACCCAGACAGUGUCCUGAGACUAGAAAUUCCUGAUGAUGAUCUGGAACAGAACCAGGUGCGCACCUUUAAUUUAGAAGAACUGAAGGAGCUGUUGAGCAAGCUCAUGCUUAUGUCUGGGAAAGGUGACCAGGGUAAUGCUGAAGUUGAAAAGUUUUCAGAGAUUUUCUCCAAUGUUCAGAGACUUGCCAAGGCCUACAUUGAUCUCUGCUUGUCUGGAGACAUUUUAUUCAAAACUUGGGAGGCCACUAUCUACUGCUCAGAUGAGAUUGAUAUUGCUAUUAGGAUGAAAUUUAAAGUAACAGUAACAGCCAUUGGGGAGAUAGGAGCAACAGGAAAUAUUUUUGAACUGCUUCCCAAAAUCUGCCAAACCAUGGAAGACAUAUUAGAAAAAAGGCAAACUUUUAUGGAUGAAAAACGUUCUCAGCAUUACUUUCUAAAUUACUACACCGCAGAGCAGUUGGUCUUCCUUAGCCAGCAGAUUCAGAAGCCUGAUGUUAGUGAAGAGCUGCUUGUUAUGUUAUCCUUUAUCAAGCCUGAAUGUACAAAAUCUGACACCCAGCAAGCUUUAUUAGCUGCACGGAGGAAAGGAACAUCAAAGCUCCUUGCGACUACUAAUAAUUCUGCUUUGUUUAACUUUAAAAAAUCUACCAAUGUUCAAGAGAAACUACAGAUUGCUUGGAAAUACUCCAUGGACUGCAUGAACAAUUUGUUUCCUGGAUGUCUGGAUAUAAAUACACUUGGAAGGUCCUUAACUGAACUGGCAAAAAAGGAAAAUAGCCCAGUGACCAGAAGUCUACAUCCCAGUCUAAAACCGGGAUGUCCCAAUUUGGUACUCUGUGCAUCAUCAGAGAUUCUAUCUUCAGCUCUUGCUGUAUAUAUGCAGAAUUUAAAUCAGCCACUUCCAUCUUAUGAUGAAGUUCUUCUCUGUUCACCUAAAACUACUUACGAGGAGGUGGCAUUGUUUUUGAGAAGAUGUUUCACACCAGGCUACAGUGGGAAGAAGAUUUACAGUUUGCUGUAUGCAGAAGAUCUCAGCUAUGAUACAGCCUAUAGAGCUGAACAACUGUUUUACCAACUGCAAAAGACAAAAGGCCUAGACUACCACCUUGUGAUUAUCUGUGACCGUGAGAGACAUCAUUUGCAUAUACCAUCUACCUUUAGCCAAUACAAAGUGCAAGUUGUUCCUCAGAGACUUUUUGUUGAAGUUCAAAAAUAUUUAUUGCAACAUUUUACUAUUGAUCCAAAUGUAGUCUCAGCUGCCUCCGUUUUUAAAGGCGUGAGUGUGGGAAUAGUGACCUCCAAACGAGCAGGAGUUGGAAAGUCGCUCUAUGUGAAGAGACUAUAUGAAAGGCUGAAACUGGAAUUUCCAAAUGAAAAGCCUCUCCAAAAAAUAAUCCGAAUGUUUCAGCCCCAGGUGGACGAAAACAAAGUUCUGCAAAAGCUUCUUCCAUUUCUAACCAAGGAAAAUAAAAAUGUGCCCAUAAUAUUUCAUAUUGAUAUCACCUCUUCUGUUAACAGGGGAAUUUCAGAAUUUCUUUUCAAACUUUUGAUUCUUCAAUAUCUAAAAGAUGAUGAAGGGAGAAUGUGGAAGCGCCAGUCUUGUCAGCUUUACCUUAUUGAAAUCUUAGAAUCUUCUUGCAUAAUUUCUGAGAAGCAGAAAAAACCUGCACCUCAGAUGGCGCAAAAUAUUUUUAUGGACUUUUUCCCUAAAAUAUCAUGCUGUUCUCCAAAUGAGGUGCUGACAAAAGUCACAGAAAAUCAGACUGGACAAAAUGAAGAUCCUGGAAUGGAUAGAAAGGAAUUUGAGAGUGAAUGCUUUCAGCGGCCUUUUCAGUACUUGAUACGUUUUGAAGGGAAACAAAGUCUGGAUAAAUUUACAUACAAGGAAGGUUCCGUAGAAGGAAAUGAGGCAAAAUGUCUGCAGUUGUUCCUUUUGCACUGUGGGGUUAUGGACCCAUCAUGGGCAGAACUUCGAAAUUUUGCAUGGUUCUUAAAUGUUCAGUUAAAAGACAGUGAGAAUUCUGUUUUCUGCAAACCAGAAUUUGUGGAAGAUGCUAUGCAGGGCUUCAAGAAUUUUGUUGUAGACUUUAUGAUAUUGAUGGCAAAAGAUUUUGCAACUCCUUCAUUACAGAUCACUGAUGAGAGUCCAGGCAGACAAACUUGUGAAGAAGUCUGUACUAAUGAUGGAGACCUUGCUCCAUUUCAGAUACGUAAAAAAUGGGAGGCUGAGCCACAUCCCUACAUUUUCUUCAAUGAUGAUCGCAUGACAAUAACAUUUAUCGGCUUUCACUUGUGCGUGAACAGUGCUGGAAAUGUUGAUGCGAUCAAUCCUAGAGAUAAGAGCAUUAUUAAGAAAAAUAUUAUGACAAGACAACUUUAUCGAGACUUAAUGCUUCAGAAAGUUCAGUUCGAUAUAGACUUUGACACUCUACCUAGGGAGGAAAAGAUUAAUAUGUUAUCCAGAGUUUUGGGGAUUAAUAAACCGCAGGAUCCAGAUGAAACAUAUGAGUUGACUAUGGAUAACACUCUGAAGAUCCUGGCUAUUACAAUGAGGUUCCGGUGUGGAAUUCCUGUUGUCAUUAUGGGAGAAACAGGUUGUGGAAAAACAAGACUCAUAAAGUUUAUUUGUAAAUUAUGGAAAGGAAACCUGAAUGCAGAAAAUACUACAUCUGAUGCAGAAAAUAUGAAACUUGUAAAGGUUCAUGGCGGUACAAGUGCUGAGAGUAUUAACAAAAAUGUGCUGGAGACACAAGCCAUUGCCCUCACUAACAAACAGAACAAAUGUGAUACAGUGUUGUUUUUUGAUGAAGCAAACACAACUCAAGCCAUAAGCAGUAUCAAAGAAGUCCUGUGUGACCACACUGUGGAUGGCUUGCCUUUAAUUGAAAACUCAGGUUUGCAAGUCAUUGCUGCAUGUAACCCCUACAGGAGGCAUACAGAAGAAAUGAUCAGACGAUUGGAAUCUGCUGGUUUAGGGUACAGAGUAAAAGCAGAUGAAACUAAUGAACGACUUGGGUCCAUCCCAUUAAGACAAUUAGUCUAUCGUGUUCAUCCAUUGCCUCCAAGUAUAAUGCCACUGGUUUGGGAUUUUGGUCAACUAAAUAAUGAAACCGAAAAGAAAUACAUUCAACAGAUAGUACAGCAUUUGGCAAAUGAGAUUGAAAUGCAUCAGAGCGAUACACAGAUAUUGACCAAUGUGCUUUCAGCUUCCCAGUCAUAUAUGAGAAAUAGAAAUGACGAAUGCAGCUUUGUAAGCCUUCGAGAUGUUGAACGUUGUGUAGAAGUGUUCAGGUGGUUCUACCGCAAUAGUGACCUCUUGCAGGCAAAUAUAGAAAAUAAAAAGGCGUGGUCUCUUGUUUUGGCCAUUGGGGUAUGUUACCAUGCCUCAUUAGAAAAGAAAGAUGCAUACAGAAAGGCAAUUUGCCAAUAUUUUCCUGAACCCUACAGAAACCAAAGAAUAAUUCUUGAGAAAAUAACAAGUAUCCAAGACCUCUUUCUAGAUCGUAUACAAAUAAGAGACAACAUUGCCAGGAAUCUUGCUUUGAAGGAAAAUCUAUUCAUGAUGGUGAUUUGCAUUGAGCUCAGAAUUCCAUUAUUUCUUGUUGGAAAGCCUGGAAGCUCAAAAUCCCUUUCAAAGACCAUUGUUGCCGAUGCAAUGCAAGGCCAAGCAUCACACACAGAACUCUACAAACAUCUUAAGCAAAUACACCUUGUAUCUUUUCAGUGUAGUCCUCACUCAACUCCAGAAGGCAUCAUUGGCACUUUCAGGCACUGUGCUCGCUUCCAGAAAGACAAGAACUUAAAUGAGUAUGCUUCUGUGGUAGUGCUAGAUGAAAUAGGGCUGGCAGAAGACUCUCCUAAAAUGCCUUUAAAAACAUUGCACCCUUUGCUGGAGGAUGGUUGUAUAGAUGAUGAGACAUCACCUUACAAAAAAGUUGGCUUCAUAGGAAUUUCUAACUGGGCGCUAGAUCCUGCAAAAAUGAAUAGAGGCUUAUUUGUAUCCCGUGGAGACCCUGAUCAAAAUGAGCUUAUUGAAAGUGCAAAGGGAAUCUGCUCGUCUGAUCUCUUGACCAUUAAGGAAAUUGACCAUCAUUUCAAAAGUUUUUCCGAUGCUUAUCUGAAACUGUGUGAAAAACAAGAUAAAGAAUUCUUUGGUUUACGAGAUUUUUACAGUUUGAUAAAAAUGGUGUUUACCUAUGCGAAACACUUAAAAAAUGAGCCAACACAGCUUGAGAUUGCAACAGCAAUACUGAGGAAUUUCAGUGGGAAGGAUGACUUGGAUGCCUUGAGUAUUUUUAUAACAAAUCAAGAAGCAAACACAUAUAGGGAGGAAAUUAAAAUAAUGGAUUUGGUAAUGGAGAACAUAAGAAAUGAGAGUGCUGAUAUAGAGGCUCGAUACCUGUUGUUAUUAACUAGAAAUUACGCAGCACUGCAGAUUCUACAACAGACACUGGCUAAAGAAAAUCAACAUCCUGAGAUUAUAUUUGGGUCCAGCUUUCCAAAAGACCAAGAAUAUACUCAGAUCUGCAGAAACAUCAACCGUGUUAAAAUCUGUAUGGAAACAGGACAGAUGGUUGUCCUUCUUAAUCUCCAAAAUCUUUAUGAGAGCCUCUAUGAUGCAUUAAAUCAAUAUUAUGUCUAUCUAGCUGGACAAAAAUAUGUUGACUUGGGUUUAGGCACACAUCGGGUAAAAUGUAGAGUCCACCCAAAGUUUAGACUGAUAGUCAUUGAAGAGAAAGAAAUUGUGUACAGAGAUUUUCCAAUUCCUCUUAUUAACAGACUUGAGAAACAUUAUCUGGAUCUAAACACAGUUCUAGAGAGGGGACAAAGAGCCGCUGUAGAGGAAUUGAAUGACUGGGUUAAAGAUUUCACUGCAGGCGACAGAGAACAACUAAUUGGCCAGAAACAGGACUAUAAACCUGCAGAUGUCCUUAUUGGUUACCAUUCUGACACCUGUGCAUCAGUGUUGUUACAAAUAACAGGAAAACUGAAAGAGGAAUGUGGUGACAGUGACCUUUACAUGGCAGAAGUGAAAGAGGAGGCAAAGGCUACUCUGCUGAACUGUGCAACACCCGAUGCUGUCAUUCGACUGGGCAGAAAAGAGUUGGUCGAUGAGUACUUCAACAAACAGAAACAUGGAUCUCUGGUUGACUUUGUUAAGAGCCACAUCCAUUCAGGAUCUAAACAUCAAAUUGCAUUUACAGAGAUCACUACAUUUUCACGCCUUUUGAUGUCUAUUGACAAAAGAAUUUUGGAAGCCGAGACAAAGGAUGAUGUCAAAAGUGUAGAGGUGCUGUCAUUGCAACAGUUUGAUACGGAACAUUCUUUCCUGAAAAAAAUCAGGAGUUUUCUAAAAGAUUCCACUGGUAAUAAAAUACUGAUCAUACAGUCAGACUUUGAAGAUGGAUCUCAAGGAGCCCAUUUGGUUGCAUCUGCCAAGUACGCCACUGUAAAUGAAAUAAACAACUUAAAGAAAGACAACACUGAGAAGACAUCAACCUUUGUCUAUUUUAUAACUAAACUUCCUAGAAUACAAGGGGGGUCAUCAUAUGUGGGAUUCCAUGGAGGACUUUGGCAAUCUGUUCAUAUUGAUGACUUAAAGGAACCAAGCGAUAAGUUGCCAGAUGUAACUGCCCUUCAAAACAUGACAAUAAGCCAAUUAUUUUAUGGAGCCACAGCUGAAUCACAGUUAAGAUAUGUUGAUGGCAUGGAAGGUGGCACAGACGCUAGUUAUGACACUGAGCCAGACCAGAUACCAGAGGUAGUAAACACCACCUUUCUCAUUCGGAGCUGCAUACAGAGUGCAGUGGGCAUGAUUACAGAUGAAGAGAAUACUCCCAGCCGCAGCACAAGGAGGAUUGAAAUUCUAGUUAAUCUACUGAGCACCGAGGACAAUCUAAGAGCUUCCCUUCUACAAACACUGAAAGUUCGUGUUUAUGAAAUUCUGAAGAACCAGGAAGAGAAUUCAUAUAACCCAAAUGAGUGGCUUGUAAGAGCUGCCUCCAACCUUGAUGCAUUGCAAGAAGCUGGCACAUUCCGAUACACUCUUUGGAAACGUAUUCAGGCUGCUGUGAUCCCAAUAUUUGCACAUCUCAUUUAUCUGAUGGAUUGUGAUGCCAACCUGGAGAUUCUGGUGAACCCAGAAACUGAGGACUUUCUGAAAUCUUUAUGGAUUUACAUUUUCAAAAAUAAAAAUCUUCUAAAUAUUUCCAGCAGCCUUGGUAAUAAUAGUUCUCAGACCAUAAAGGCAACUAAUUACAUGAACCUGUUGUUUUGUGAGGGGAAUUCAGUUCCGUUCAGCUGGAGAAUUAAAGAUUAUUUGGAAGAAAUUACAGCACAAGCUCAGUACAUUGAUAGUGUAGAAGGUCCAGAGAUGAAGUUUGUAAAUAUGUUUAGCAAUGUGCCUUUGGGACAAUAUAUAAAUAACAUGGAGGAAAAUGAUCAACAAAAGCUGUUCCAGUACUACAAACGGGACUUUUUACUUCUUACUGUGAAUAUAUCCUCCAGGGAUGAACUCAAGUUUUUAGAGAUUUCGCUUUCCGCUUGUAUUGAAGAAUUUAGAAGAAGUAAAGAAGGAGAAGAGCUGACACUUCCCUGGGUGCAUCUCGCUUAUCACCAUUUUCAGCACAGGUUCCAAAUAUUCUCUAGGAUUGUAGCGAUCAGUCCAACUGUUCUGGAGAGGAUGAAUGAAGGUUUCCAAGAGAUAGAAGAGAUUCUAACAAAUCAGAUGGCUAUUGAUAUAUGGGCUGGAUUUGAAUGCUUAGACAUUUUGGAAGCCACCAUUCUGGACCCAAACCCACAAGCAUGGUUGAAUGAAGUAAAAAACCUUCAGCUGACAAUUGAACUCAUUUGCUCAGAAAAAUACUUAGAAGGGGAAAGUGACUGGUGCACACAAACAGUUGAGCAGAUCCGAACCAUGUGGCAUUGUAUCUACGCUAUUGCAUUAUUUACAGAACAUGUCAUUUUGGACGAGACUCUGCAGAACCCUGAGACCCAACAAAAACUAAAAGAGCAAACUAUUAUGUUUGGCCAGCAUAUCAAAGGCUUUCCUGAAAUAAAGUCAAUUGAUCCUUAUAAGGCAGUGAUUGAAGUUAUUAAGAUGAGCAGAGAGGCAGUAGCUGAAUCACUUUCCAGGGAAGACAAUGUUCAGUUCCAGCAAAACUGCAAUGGAUUCUUCAUUGACAUUCUAUGUACUCGGUUCUUUGAAGGCAACUCUCCCCCAGACAAAGAAGUUGUUGAUCAGCUGCUUUCUUCUCUUUUCAUAACUGGUUCAGAGAAUGAUGGAAACGAUCUGUCACCUUUUACUGCUGGAACUAAUGAAAACCCUGCUAUCCGAUCUGUGAUCCUGAAGAUGCUCCUCAAGUACAGCUUUGAAGAAACACAGAAAUAUAUCCAGGAUCACUUAAUCAGAAUACAAGGAAGCAACUUGACCACAGAAAUACACAUGCUCUUUAUCAACUGCCUUGAGGACUGUAUGUAUGAAAGGUUUCAAGCUCUGCGUGAGGAAGACAAAUUGCAUUACCUCAAAGACCAAGGUGAAUUUCUGAGAAACUUCCUCCAAAAUGGUCAUCCCCCUAAUUCCCAAGAGACCAUGGUUGGGUUCCUGCAAGAUCUUGCCAAGGUUAGGUUUGCACUCAAUGCAGUAGCGGAACUGCUCUCUGAACCAGACAAUGUUGUAAAUGAGAAGAGGGAAUUUCUCCAAAGUGGACAACAUUUUUGUGAACAUUCAGCUAAUGACUGGUACCGAGUGUAUUUGAUCCGCAAGAUGGGAAAUGAAUCCGGAAGUGAAUAUGUCCAAAAUCUUAGUAAAGAUGAAGAGUUUAGAUGGUUAUUCCCACAUCAAAUCUUUGGGGAAAGGGAGAACAACGCUAACCAGCUUGACCGAUUUUUGGUGCAUAAGGAUGGUUAUAGGGAGUUAAGAGAAGGUGUUGGAGAAGUCAUAGUUUCAAGAAAGGAGGAGAGUCUUCAACAAAGACUAGAGUUGGAUGAAAGUUCUGCCAAGGAACAAGCUGUUUACCUGCUCCUCGCCAUUUUCUCUGAAGUAACAAUGAGAUACAGAGAAGCAAACAGGGUCGUCACUCAAGAAGAGACUGAUAAUUUAAGGAAUUUCAUUCAAAAUACCAAUGUUCUCCAGGAGCAGUCAAUUCAGCAAUUCUCCCAGUCACUCCUAACAAACUGCCGACCCCUAGUGAGAGUUGCUCCAGACAUGACAAGUUCUCAUUACACUAUAGUGUCCCUGGCCGUACAUCUUGGUGCUGUGCUUCUGAGCACUGAUAAUGAUCUGUUUCAACCACUGAGGAAUUUAGCCUUUUCCCCUGACAGAAUGCAGCAAUCAUUCCUACCAACAAUGCCACAGGACAUGCUAAACAAAGCUAGAGAAGUAUUGGGAAAUGAAACUUGGUAUGUCUGUGACAACAAUCAUUAUGUUCCAGUUCCUGGCUGUGGGAUGCCAAUGAGCUACGCCAAGUGCCUAGAAUGUGGAAUUGAACUGGGGGGAGUUGACCACAAAACUUAUAAAGGAAUGAGAAAGCUUGAACAGGACAUUGAUGAGACAGGACAUAUUUUGGGAGCACCUGAGACUCCAGUGUCAGUUGCGGCAGAAGACAGAGGCAUGAGUGCUCCUGUAUUUAAUGUAUUGAGGCUGGUGACCCACCUGGCGAUGUUACUAGGGGCAGAACAAAAUCGAGAGAAUGUGAAGACCAUGGUGAAACCAGGAGUGGAAGAUAUUGGGACUUUCCUUUUCCGACAUCUAGAGAAAAAUUUGGAACAAGUAAAGAACUCCCUAGGGGAAAGUGUGGAUAAUACGGCCACUGUACUCCAUCUUGUUUUCUGCAGGAUGCUCACUAUUUCCAAUGAUCAACCUGACCAGCCUCUUUUACCUUUCAAUCAUAAUCUGUCAACAAAGGACGUGAGAAGCAACUGGGAGAGAAAUAUGGCGGCAUCAGUCAUCGCUCCGGUGCUUACGAAUUUAAACCAAGAUCUUGAUGAUGUCAAUAACUACAUAAGGAAUGACAAGAGAAUAAGUUCUGACCCAAUAAUCAGAAUCAUAUAUGGGGAACCGUUGCAUAACACUGAUAUUGUGGCAUUGCCAGAAGAUGGACUCAUUCCCUACUCAAAAAUAUGGAGCUGCAGGACAAGAAUUACUGUUGGGCAUCUUCAGCAUAUGGUUGAGCAGAAGGAUGGGGUGAAUAAUCUGCCGAUGCUGUCAACAUUCCUGAAGGAUGAAUGUGAACUCCGCCUGGUUAAGUUCCUACCAGAAAUAUUAAAUCUUCAGAAAGAGCUGGUAAAAAGAUUCCAGAACUUCCGAGAUGUGAACAAACAAACAAUUGGGGAAUUUUUAACCAGCAUACCUGUUGAUGGUGCUCGACGUGUAUUUGAGAAGAGAAUACAAACUUUCCUAUUUACAUGGAAUUGUCUAAGACAUUCUCUUCUUAUGAAAGGGGAAAUAAAACUCCCAGAAGAAGCCUGUGCCAGUGACCUUACCCUAGCGAGUGACUUUGCCAUUCUCCUUCCGAGUCGACAAGGACAGGGUCUCUGUGCCACAGCAUUGGUCAGCUAUCUCAUCGCUCUGCACAACAGCCUGGUUUAUGCUGUGAGACGCUUCACCAGAGAUGAGCAGACGUAUUCUAUUGGGGCAGCUGAAGCCAUGGAUCUACAUGUGAUCAGUUAUGAGGUGGAAACAGAUCUGAUGCCAAUAAUUCUGUCCAACUGUCAAUACAACACCCAAAGAGAUGGGAAAGCCUUAGAGGAGAUUGAUCUGCAAAGGAUCCAGCGUCAGAUCAUCAGCCGAUUUCUCCAAGGCAAACCUCGCAUUACCCUUGUAGGGCUGCCUACCAUUGUCCACUCCCAAGAUCGGAACUACGAGAACAUAUUUAGAGACGUGAGGGAAAAAGUCUUACAGGAUCCACUGCCAAAUUCAGCAAUAGAAAACAUAAGCAAAGAUCUGGAUUUGUACAGCGAUGUCUGUGAUGCGCUUCAAAUCAUUGAGACUAUGUUGGGGUUCUUAGCAACAUCCGGGGGCAAUCCAGAUCUUCCGCUGACCACUUAUGUAGAAGAUGUCCUACAGAUGAAGGAUCAGAGCGAUGAGAACAUCCUGGAGGCAUUGAAGCAGUGUCACUUGAAGCACACAAUCUCACUAUGGCAGCUUCUCACCACUUUACAGUCUGAACACCGCAUACGCCUUAAAAAUGAUCCAUUUGCAGAUCUGGAUGAAGGGUAUAAGCAGGAAUUAGAUGAGGAGAGUCAGAAGCUACUGACUGCGUUCUUGGCACAACAUGGACUCAACGUCUUUCUUCUGGAAUUACAUGAAAUGAUCAUCUUAAAGCUCAAGAAGCAACAUGGGGCCAAUGAUUUCCAACCUGCAUGGGGGUUAAGAGAAGUUCUGGGCCCAUUGCUUGAUGGGAAAGAGCAACCAUUCCCGGCGCUGGAGGAGGAUUUCCCAGAGCAGAUCUGUUUGGCUCACUGUGUGGAGAGCUGGAAAGUGGCGGCCGCCAUGAAGUGGAAACGACAUUGAUGUUAAACAAACAUAUUACAGUUAAAAAUAAAAUAGUAUAAUCAUCUUUUUUUGAUUCAAGUUAAAGCCCUGCUUAAAAUGACAUUUCUUUCUAUUGAAUUCAUGAUUUUAAAAUAAAAAUAAUUCCCUUUC